ACAAACAUAUCUUUUAUGUUUAAUUAUUUAAUUGUCUUAAAUUAAGGAAAAUCAUUUUUUUUAAAUAAUUUUUUUGGUCCUCCCUCCCGCUCAACUCAUCUAGUUCCCGCUUUUGCUCCCGCGGCGGCAUCGUAUUCGGCAUGUAGUUUUCGAUAGCGGGAAGGAUUAUGGUACUUCAUUCAAGGUCUCCUAGUACUUCAUUUGAGGGCUCCUUCAGAUCAGAGCAACAAGAGUCAACAUAAGAGAGGCUGGUUUAUGAAGGAAGGGGCAGUCAUGCUGCAGGACUUGUGCAGUUUGCUGUAGUUUUUGCAAAUCAGGUCAAUGGGGCUGAAAGUUGAAGAUAGGCUUGAUGGGAAUCUAAAUUUUACUGCAUGGAAAGUUCGAAUCAAGUUGGCUCUCGAAGAAGAAGACCUCCUCCAAUUCAUAGAAGAAAAAGAGCUAAUUGUGCCAUCAGAUGCUGCUGAGUUAAAACAAUUCAAAAAGGAUGCUGUCAAGGCCAGGAAGAUCCUCAUUGAUUCAGUCAAAGAUCACCUCGUCACCUCUAUUGCCUCAUUCACCACUGCAAGGGAAAUGUUCAGCCAUCUUCAAGGUUCUCACUCAGGUGUUGUCAUCCGAAUCCAUAAUUCGGAUCACUGUUUUGGGUCAUUCUCCUUGGCUACACUUUUGCCUCGGUUCUUCAGUCUUGAGCAGCCAAUUUGGGAGUCGCUACAGGAAAGUACCUUGAAGAGCAUGAACAAAGCACCCUAAUAAGGCUAAAGCAGAAACAUAAAGAAUAUGAGAUGAUCUUUUCUAUCUUUCAGGUUACAGGAGAAAAUAUGAAGAAUAUGGGAUGCUUCUUGUUCGGUUGAAAAACAAUGCUAGGAAAUUGCAUCUACAAGUGGUCAUUGUAGAUAUGGCAUGCUAAAAACACUACAGUUCCAACAUGUUAAGAAUUAAAUAUUUCCUUCUAGUUGUCCUCAUAAAAAUAUGUAGUUAAAUCAAGGAGCUUUUGUGCUACACCAUUAUACUUGGUGAACAUGUAUAGUAUUGAGGAGUUUGGGCCAAUUUAAGUACUUGACUAUGAGGUUGUAGUGUUUGGGAAAUUAGUGUCAAUAUUUAAUAAUGAUUAUGUUGUA